CCCUGGGGUUGUGUUUUGCACAACUUGCCAGCUUUUCAUUUGAGCAGUAUGUUCAGAGUCAAGAGAGUUUUGCAAAAGACCUGGAUUCUUUUGCAGGUGUGCCUGUUUACUGCUAUUGGUAAAACUCUUAUGGUCUUGUUCCCAGCUGCUGUCAAGCAAUAUAUAUUGAAACAAGGGGAAAAGAGUAGCAUAGGGAGGAACCCAAAGUUUGCCUAUGAAAACUGGGGUCCAACGUUCUUCAGUUUCCAGUACUUACGCUUUGUCUUAAAAGUCAAGUGGAAGAGGUUGGAAGACGAAGCAUUUCAAGGCUUUCCUGCACCCAACACUACCGUGGUAGAUAUUGAAGGGAAAAUUCAUCAUAUCCUGGACUUCAUACAAGACAAGAGGCCUUUGGUCUUAACAUUUGGAAGCUGUACCUGACCUUCAUUUAUGUUUAAAUUUGGCGAGUUCAAGAAGCUUGUAGAAGAUUUCAGUUUUGCAGCAGAUUUCCUUGUGAUCUACAUUGAAGAAGCUCAUGCCUCAGAUGAAUGGGCUUUUAAGAACAAUAUUGUUAUUAAAAGUCACAGAACUCUCCAAGAUCGUAUACAGGCUGCACAGGUCCUGUUGAAACAGCAUCCUUUAUGUCCAGUGGUUCUGGACACUAUGGAAAACCUGAGUAGCUCCAAAUAUGCAGCUCUUCCAGAAAGACUGUAUGUGCUUCAAAGAGGACAUGUUGUCUAUAAGGGCGGAGUGGGACCUUGGAAUUACUGUCCACAAGAAGUACGUGAAGUUUUGGAAGAAUUACUUUAAAUAAUAGAACAGAUGUUAUGACGAUCAAACACACAUACAUACACACACAUGGUCAUCCCCUAGUCUAACUACUGUAAUUCAAAUAUAUCUUUAAAGGAGAAAAUCCCUAUUAAUUUAAGAAAAGUGAAAACUGACAUACUGUCAGCUGUGUUCAGUGACUAUUAGCUGUCCACAGAUGUAUAAAUGCACAUAUUAAAUUCAGCAUUUAGUAGCUGCACUUACACAUGACAAUCUGCAAUUGCUAAUAUCAAUUAACUUGUCUUAAGCAACAUGUGCAAACAACAGUGGCACAAUCAGCUGAGAAACAUCUGUAGGGAAAUGUCUCUAUAUAGCAAAUUAUUUAUUUGAAGCCAUAAUAGUUCCCAUAUUUCUCCCUUAUUUUUUUUACAAUACUUUAAAACAAAAUGGCUGUUGAAUUGUGAGGAUUGCACAAGUUGCUUCUCAUUAAACAUUUCCCAGUUGAAGCAAUCUCUACACUGUUGAAAACGAUGAAGAGUUUAUCUUUGAACACCAUUUCAUACUGGACAUUUGACAGUAUUAAUUCCAGACCCCACUAUAUGCCCCUGUUGGGAUUAUAGUCAUUUGGUUCUGCUAUAUAUUCUGAAGAGGAACAGCCUUUUCAGAUGCCUUAAGAUGGGGAUGGGACUACUUGGAUUGGCCAAAGAUGAUGCAACUCAUGCUCUUAAUAUGCAUUGACACAUGUAGCUUUUUCACCCUCUCCUCUUCACAUAAUGGGCAGCAGCACAUUCAGAGCUAAUGUUUCCAAUGUCUACUAGCAUAUAAUGGCUUUUUGAACUUUCUGAACUAUUGUAAUCAACUGCUUAGUUUUGUUUCUAUUCAUUUUUAUUUAUGACAGUCAUAGCUUAAAAUGUGAAGAGCUGUGACCUGAUUUGGGGGAAAAAUGGAUAGAAACAAGAUGCUAAACUACCAUUAUUAAACUAUGUCAAAGUA